AUGAGAGCGAAGCAUCCCAGUGAGAGGAAGACCUUGCUUUCCGUGAUCUGCAGUGAUGAGGGCGAGAAGAUCCAAAGGGAGAUAGGAGUUAUCAGGGGAGACACUGUACACAUACGCGAGAAGACAAGCCCGUUUGACUGUGUAGAAAAGAUGGAAAAAUUGAUGAAGAAGAAGAAGUCUGGACUGUUCAUUUCUGUAACUAAAGACAACCUCCUUGUUAUUGGACGUGCCUUCAAUGAUGAGGUUAUAGACAUGGUUGAAUUCAAGAUAAAUAGAUACUUGUCUGUGUCCGACUUCGAAUGUGUUGGGCCAGAGCUACACAUGAAGUAUUUUGUGGUUUUGCAGAACAUUAACAGUGAACGUUUAGAAAAUCUGAUGGUAGAUCUCCUUAACAUGAGGAGUAGCAAGGCCUGCUUGGAGGCAGUCCGAUACUCUUGGGUCUUUGCAAAGACAGAGGGUGGAUAUGUGCUUAAGUAUGUCAGGGUCCUCAAGGAUCUCAAUGUCGAGGACUGUGGACCUUUACUUGAGAUGGAGCUUGUGAGGAGCUACCACUGCGGAGAUGAGCUUUAUAAGAAGGCAUUGGGUGAGGCCAGGAAGCCAAGAAAGAACGUAAGCAAGAAUUUAUUCAAUGAUAAGAUAGGAACACUCCACAUAGACAAACAAGAUCUCAGAGAUAUUAAGCUUAGGAAGGGCAAAGGGUAUAGCGGUGCUUCAAGCCGGAGAUAG